UAUCAAAUUAGAAUUUUUCAUAAUGUACUUUUGAAAACAAAAGAUUUUUUGGAGAAUGUUACAAAAAAAUGAAAAAUAAAAUAUUAUGUACAAAGUAAAAAGUAAUAAUAGUUAAAAAAAGAAUGUCAAAACUGUAUGUGCUCUCCGGUCAGUAAUAAUGGCAAACGGGAUCCGGGUGUUCAUUGUGAUUUCCUCUCAGUGAACCUUCUCUGAUUCCAUGGCCAAUUCGAUGAUCUCUGCAAUCCAAACCCCAAAGGCUUUAACUUUUCUCGGAUCGAAACCGGGAUCGACCCGAAUUCAAUUUCCGAAUGGAGUUCUGGUUUCUCGAACCAAGCUCAAGAACCAAACCCUAACCCCGAAAUGCAGCAUGGCGGCGUCAUCAUCCCGGCCGGCAUUGCAGCCCAGAUUCAUCCAGCACAAGAAGGAGGCGUUCUGGUUCUACAGAUUCCUCUCAAUCGUGUAUGACCAUGUGAUAAACCCUGGUCACUGGACGGAAGACAUGAGAGACGACGCCCUCGAACCGGCCGAUCUCUACGACCGGAAUCUGACGGUGGUGGACGUCGGCGGCGGCACCGGAUUCACCACUCUGGGCAUAGUGAAGCACGUGGAUGCCAAGAACGUUACCAUUCUCGAUCAGUCGCCUCAUCAGCUCGCAAAGGCGAAGGAGAAGGCGCCAUUGAAGGAGUGUAAGAUCAUCGAAGGUGAUGCUGAGGAUCUUCCUUUCAGUACUGAUUAUGCUGAUAGAUAUGUCUCUGCAGGCAGCAUUGAGUAUUGGCCAGACCCACAGAGAGGCAUAAGGGAAGCAUACAGAGUGUUGAAAGCAGGAGGGAAGGCAUGCCUGAUAGGUCCAGUUUACCCUACAUUUUGGCUGUCACGUUUCUUUGCUGACGUUUGGAUGCUCUUUCCAAAAGAGGAAGAGUACAUUGAGUGGUUUGAGAAGGCCGGGUUCCAGGAUGUUCAGCUCAAGAGGAUUGGCCCAAAGUGGUACCGUGGAGUUCGCAGACACGGCCUCAUCAUGGGCUGCUCUGUCACCGGUGUGAAACCGCGGCCCGGAGACUCCCCCUUGCAGCUUGGUCCAAAGGUUGAGGAGGUGACAAAACCAGUUAAUCCAUUAGUGUUUCUUCUACGCUUCACGCUGGGGGCGAUGGCAGGAGCGUAUUACGUUUUGGUCCCCAUAUAUAUGUGGCUCAAGGACCAGAUCGUCCCAAAAGGCCAACCCAUUUGAUUUGAGGCUUUUUCUCUCUAUGCCUGUAACUUUCAUGGUUUCAGUUCAUAUGUAAUGGUGUGUAAGGAUUCAACAAUAGGAGCAUGUGUGAUAGCUUCUUCCUUUCUCUGUUUCUAGGAAAUGUACUGCAUUUUUUCAACAAUAAAUAAAAUGUACUCCU